GCAGAGAUUUUUAAAAGAAGAUGUGCGGGUUUUGGUGUAUCGUCCUCCCAGCGUUGGGAGGGUACACCCUCGCCUCCUUAUACCUGCUGAAGAACCCUCAUAUUCUUCAUAAGAGGAAAUGCGUGAGCUUCUACUGCACGCACAUCUCCCACAGAGGAGGAUGUGGUGAGCGGAUAGAAAGCACCAUGGAGGCCUUCACUCAUGCAGUGGCGCAAGGAACGCAGAUGUUGGAACUGGAUUGUCACUUGACGCGCGACGGCUAUGUGGUUGUGUCACAUGACGAGAAUCUUUUGAGGCAGACAGGCCAUGACAUCACCAUCUCUUCAGUCAGCAUUCAGGAUUUACCUUUGUACAAGGAGAGGCUUGAGUUGACUUUUUAUCAAGGUCACUACAGCAGUGGUUCCGACAGGAAGUUUACUUUGCUGGAGGAUGUGUUCAGAAAGUUCCCAGAAAUCCCAAUCAGUAUUGAAAUCAAAGAGAACAACGACCAGUUGAUUGAAAAGGUAUCUGAGCUGGUCAAACGCUACCACAGGGAGGAGAUCACUGUCUGGGCGUCUGUGAACUCAAACAUUUUGAGCAAAUGCCGCCAAACGAAUGGAGCCAUGCCGUACAGUUUUUCCUUAUCCCGAGGUGUGCUACUGCUUCUCCUCUUCUACAGCGGCCUGCUGCCCUUUGUGCCACUGGGAGAGAGUUUACUGCAGUUCUACCUGCCGCGCAUCAUGAACAGGACGUUUAUUCCCGAGAAGAACAUUUUGAGGAACGGUUUGAUCGUCACUUUAAUAGAAAAACUAACGAUGAGGAAGAGUCUCUUUAAACAUCUUGCAGCCCGGGGAAUUCAGGUGCAUUUGUUUGUGUGCAACACAGAUGAAGACAUAAGAGCAGCAUUCGAAGCGGGGGCAACGGGGGUGAUGAGUGACUACCCCUCGCUGCUGUCCAACUACCUCCUCAGAAACACUCGGGAGGAGUGUGAGUUGUUCACGUCUGAAGUCCACAAUACCUCAUAAAUGGCAGCUUUUCGGUGCACGAAGAUCGGAAAAAGUCUUCAAGCAAGACGCGCAUGUGAAGUGUCAGAACAUUCUGACACAUCUUUCAGGAUUACUCAAUUAUAGUAUGACUGAUUCGUUUCCCCAUGCCCCACCAAGAAUCUUCCAGACACAGCUCAGUAUUACAUUAACAUUUCCUAGCAACGUGACAGCUCAUUCCUUAUGAUAAGACUGUGAUUACUUUGUCAUUACUUGAACGAAUGAUCUUCUGUACCGAACGCACGAUUAUCAUUUGUAUGUUUCAAUGUGGUCACAUAAUGAGAAUGUUAUCAAAGAAGCAAAUAUAGAAAAGACAAAAAGAGUGUGUUCGCUUUUCCAAGGCAUGGUCAAAGUCUGACCACAUUGCUGCGGUAUUAAUCAAACAGUCUCUAGAGAGAGAACAAAGGCUGUAUUUUUCUGACCCGAUUAGCUGUGCUGUGCAACGGGACAAGUGGGUUAAUGGAAUAUGAAAGGGUCACUGCCGAAUCACGUAAGCAUUUCAAAGAGAAAAGGUGUUCUUCCAGAUGAGGAAAUUCAGCUCGCUUGUGGACAAAGCUUUUUAAAUACUGAAUGGCACUUCUCAAAUUGCAAUAGACAUAAGUUCUGAUGAAGAGCCCAUUGGUUUUGGCACCGUAGCAUGACUGAUUCUUUGAGAAAUACAAUCUGCAGUGGGUACUUUACGUAACACAACAUACAACGUUGUGAUUUCCAUUGUAAAAUGAUCACCCUUGCAGAGAUGACCAUAAAUGAAUUGUUGCAUACUGAAAUUCCUAACUUGAUACACCAUUAAGAUGUUUGGCGUAUUCACGCAGAUGAAUAUCAUUAUCAAUCAUACCAUAAUUAAAAAUAAUUUGAACAAA